AUGUCCUCUCCAACUAAUGCUCAUGAGGAAUUCAACCACAAUAUCGCAAUAAAAUUAUCAAGGGCCCUUAAUACCUUAAAUCCAAAUGAUUUGCUGGCCCAGCGUGUGAUCGACAUUGCGAAAACUAAUUCAACCGCUGGAUUCAUCACAGCUGCAAAAACCUUUGGCAAGUUCAAAGAUUCAUUUCUCUCAGAACUGCAUGCAGAAAUCUUGUCGCAUGCAAAGCAGGAGGCUACAGGUGUCGCACCACAUCCAGUUGAAGGGAUCACUGUAAUCGACAGUGAUGUCCUGGAACCAGAGCCAAUCCGUCCAGGUGGUCUUCAAAGGGCAGAUACGCGACAUACGUUCCGGCAACCUGCUAAACCCCUCGAACCACCAACUCCAAGAACAUCGCUUCUAGGCCUUGACCGGCUGGCAAAGGAAAAAAGGGCAGCAGCUGCUGACGAGAAAAUAAAUGGCAGGAAGAAGCAAAAGCUAGAUGAUGAUGGAGAUGAACCUUUUUUCAAAGUUCCAAGUCUUCCUGCUUCUCGGUCUAAUAAUAUAAGACAACGGGGCGAAGAAACACCUUCUCAUCCUGGUGGCCUUUCCGAAACGGGCAGACAAAGACUCGAAGAAUAUCGUCGUAAUCGGGAAAGGCAAAGAGAAGGAAUACCUGCCCCCCAGGAGACGCGCCAUGAUGCACCCAAAGGCUUGGGAGAUUUUCAACGCAGGUCUAAUCGGGACCGAGAUCGAGGAUGGAGCAACAGACGAGAUCGUAGAGAUGACAGGGAAAGUCGUGGAUGGGAUGCAACACCCAACGAGCGAGGACCUUCCUCCAGGGACGCUCCCAGCGUUCGCGUGCCAAAUGUUCCUUGGGAUUCUACGCCUCGUGGGUCAAGAGGAGAGGAUGGAGGUGGAUGGGGGAGCGCGCAAAAUCGUCGUUGGGAUGCACCUACACCGAGAGUUGCUCGAGGAGGAAGUCCAGAUGGAGACGAGGGAGCUUUCGGAUUGGAUUCGCGCGAGUGGGAAGAAGAGCAAGUAAAAUUGGACCGUGAUUGGUAUACGGGCGCCGAGGAUGGCGGUAUGGCUGGGGAUGAAGAACAUAAUCCACUUGCACAAUAUGAGGACCUUAGUGCAUUGAAGGAGGCAGAGAUUGCGACUAAACAAGUCAAAAAGAUUUCUGCUCGUCAAGCACAAUAUAAUGCCGACAACGAUUUGUGGGAAGCUAACAGGAUGGUUACAUCGGGUGUUGCCACGCGCAAAGCACUGGAUCUUGACUUUGAAGACGAUUCUGAAUCGACGGUACACGUCAUGGUACACGACCUCAAGCCGCCCUUCCUUGAUGGCCGCACAGUUUAUACAAAACAACUAGAACCUAUCAAUCCCAUACGUGAUCCAUCAAGCGACAUGGCUGUUUUCUCGAAGAAGGGUAGUGCCCUUGUAAAAGAAAAGAGAGAGCAAGCGGAGAGGGCCAAGGCUGCCGCAAAACUGGCUGCCCUUGGAGGAACAGCACUGGGAAAUGUCUUAGGUGUUAAGGAUGAGGAAGCCGAAGCCGAAGCUGAAGCUGAAAGGAAGGAGAAGGAAGCAAAAGCAAAAGGCCAGGAAGAUUACAAGGGCGAUUCCAAAUUUGCUAGUCAUCUGAAGUCAAGUACCGGUGCAAGUUCGUUCUCCAAAACCAGGACAUUAAAAGAACAGAGAGAGUAUCUUCCUGCUUUUGCCUGCCGAGAAGAAUUGAUGAAGGUUAUCCGAGAAAAUCAAGUUAUCAUCGUCGUUGGAGAAACUGGAUCAGGAAAAACAACGCAGCUCGCUCAGUUUUUAUACGAGGAUGGGUAUUGUCAACAUGGUCUUGUAGGUUGUACUCAACCUCGACGUGUAGCCGCGAUGUCAGUCGCCAAGCGAGUCAGCGAGGAAAUGGAGUGUAAAUUAGGUGGAACCGUUGGAUACGCCAUCCGGUUUGAGGACUGCACUUCUGCUGACACCAAGAUAAAAUAUAUGACCGAUGGUGUCCUUCUACGGGAGUCCUUGAAUGAAGGAGACCUUGAUAGAUAUUCGGUCAUCAUUCUGGAUGAAGCUCACGAACGUUCACUUAGCACUGACGUGCUUAUGGGACUGCUUCGUAAAAUUCUCACCCGGCGGCGUGAUCUCAAACUUAUUGUGACUUCUGCAACAAUGAAUGCAGACAAGUUUUCGGCAUUUUAUGGUAAUGCUCCUACAUACACUAUUCCAGGACGUACAUUCCCCGUCGAAAUCACCCAUUCCAAGUCGCCUUGUGAAGAUUAUGUUGAUAGUGCGGUAAAGCAAGUCUUACAGAUCCAUCUAUCUCACCCUCCUGGCGACAUCCUCGUUUUUAUGACUGGUCAAGAGGAUAUCGAGAUUACAUGUCAGGUCGUGCAAGAACGGCUUUCUCAACUCGAUGAACCUGCGCCACUCUCAAUCCUUCCUAUCUAUUCGCAAAUGCCUGCUGAUUUGCAGGCCAAAAUAUUUGAAGCUACAAGUGACGGCAGCCGCAAAGUCAUUGUAGCAACGAAUAUUGCUGAAACAUCAUUGACUGGUAGGAAACAUCCCCUCUAUCAGACGCUCCUAGCUUAUACUAGUGCAGUUGAUGGCAUCUUGUACGUUGUUGAUGCUGGAUAUUCAAAACUCAAAGUAUACAACCCCAAAGUCGGCAUGGACGCCCUCCAAAUCACUCCUAUUAGUCAAGCAAAUGCAAAUCAGCGUACAGGACGGGCUGGUAGAACAGGAAGUGGGCAAGUCUAA